UUGUUUUUUCUUCGACCACAGUGAUGUCAACAGUCGUCGCACGCUGAUGACGUAGCAGAGUAAGGCACGUUUAUAUUAGUCGCGAGGAGCACAUGAGGAUAUCAACAUUAACCAACAGUGACUGAAACACGGCAACAUGGGGAAGAAUAAACCAAAAGGGAAAAAACAGAGGAACGUCUUUCAAGUGGCAAACAAGCACCCGAAGAACAAGAACAAAACAAAAGCUGUCACCACAACGCUCAAACACAUCAAUGCAGUGAAAAACGAAAAGGUAGAGAACCUCAAUCAGAUCUUCACAGAAGUCCAGAGGGAUGUCACGAGCAUUUCGAAGUCUGUUGCCCCAGUAAAAAAGAAACAAACACAGGUUGUGAAAGAGCCACCAAAGGAACCUGUAAACAUGGAUAAUGCUGCACAACUCUUCUCUCAGCUAUAAUGGAACACGAACAACGGUCUAAAGUCAUAAGGUCUGGGAACCCACGUGUCAUGUUGUAGGAAAUGUAAAUGUGUUGAAAAUUAAAAAUGGCUACGGUUUAUUGCAUGUGUGUAUUUUAACAUUCUGUAUAUUCAAUUCAAAGAACUUGACAGACUUGUCUUCUGUCAAUACUGAUAUUGUAUUAGGAACCGGAAAGAGAUUUUUAUUCUUAUUGGUGAAUAUUCUCUUGUGUAGAAAUGUUUUCUCUUCUUGGCUGCAACUACGGACUAUUUUCCAUUAUUCUUCUGAUUUAAUACCUUGAUUAAUUUGUGACUUCUUUUCGUAAGAGAAACAACAUAACAGUAAAUAAAGUCAAAUAUGGCCACUUUGAUUAUAACCAA